UUAUUGGCUAGUGAAGCGGAAGAUAGGAAUUAUCGACAGCGGAAGUCGGCUCCGCCGCCGCAAUGCCGAUUGCACACACUCUCCGGCGGAUCAUGGACACAUACAAGCGCACGCACGGUGUCGCCGGCAUUCUUGCGAAACCCCGUUCAUUCGCAGCCGUCAGUGAACGCUGAGCUCUGGGUGGAGAGUGUGCUACUUUAUACGGUGUGCUACGGUUCAACGCCUCCAACAAUCAACGAACAAAGAAAUAGAACGCAAUUGGGAAGAAAUGACGGGAAUUUUCGCGCAGCUCUCGGCAGGUGAACCGGGCUCGCUGUCCGGCGAUCAUCCGGACAAGCCGCAGGUCGGAACAGGAGCGCUGCCGCCGCCACCGGAGAUCCCGAGGCAGGCCACGGUGCUGUCACUGGACGACCCCAUACUGAGUGACCGCGCCUCGGGCGGGUUUCUGAUCCUGGGCGACUCGCCGGCCGCCAAACGCAUUCGUUUGCGCAUCAUGCAACUAGUGUUCAAUGCCCUGGCACUGGCCUUUAUCCGGCCGCAGUACUACAGCGUGGCCGCCUUCAUCACGCUGUUCCUGCUGGUGAACGCGUUCGUCAUCUCGGCCGUGCUACUCGCGGACCUGCGCUACGGCGGUCGGAUUCUGCGCCGCGUGCUGCCCCUGCUCAAGUGGGAACAGCUGGAGCUUCGCUACUCGGCCUACACCGGGCUGGCGCUGUUCGUGCUCUGCUACGUGCUGCUGUUCGCGCACAAGGGCUACGGCGCCGAUGUCUGGUGCAACUGGGUGUCGAUCUCGUUCACGCUCAAGUCGGCCCUGGCGUACGGUGCCGAAGCCUGGCACCACCUGCGCCACAUCUACGGCGGACGCCAGCUGGUGGCCUAAUGCAGCACCCGGCCCCGGGCAGUGCAAAGCGAUCGAGUCGCAAACUUUACCGUGCUCCCGACCGGUGGCUCCCUCUGGUGUGUGGACCGGAAGCUUUAACGCCUAACCUAUAUCAUAACCCUUUUUCCACGAUUCUGGAUUGCUGCUAACUGCGCGUGUGUGUGUGUGUGUGCUACCGCACUAUAUUACAGAAGAAUAAAUGCUACACUGCUGCAAACUACACUGCUACAGAGUUUUCCA